AGCAUCGCGGAGCAGGGCUGAGCAGGGUCCCGCGAGCCAGGCGAGCCGGCCAGUCGAUAUUUGGUCCGUGUUUCAGGGCGUCCCUUCGUCUCUGGCAGCCACGCGUCCCGGAUGUCCCUGGGAUCCCGCUAACUCAGCGCUCGGUCGUGCGAGAGGGGACUGUUGGCGCACUAUCGGAGAGAAUCGCCUCGGGAGGGAAUCCGAGGAGGUCGACAAAUACCGAGCCAUGAACGGCCGCACGAUCCUCUUCCUACUAACUCAGGUCCUCCACUGCUCACUCGGCGUCGACCACACGACUCACUCGCCGCAACCCGGGUCCACCCAGGGGGGGAAACCGCCCUCGACGGCAUCCACGCAGGUUCCACUCCUGGUCUCCAAGUUGACGUCGCACGCCACGGUCAACGUCAAAGCGGCCACGAUCGCGGCCACGAAAGAGGCCACGGUGGAGGCCACGACGCCGACGAAGGGAACGCGGGCCCCCACGACCGCGGAGCUGCCGUUGGCGGCCCCGAAAACGGGAACCGUGUUGGGGGUUUCGGUGCCCCCGGAGGCCCCCCCAGAGCCCCCCGUGAGCCCGCUCGACGAGAAGAUCCAGGCGCUCAACUGCGAGAUGCCCGCGCUCCCUACCGGCUCGGUCGUUUGGACCCAGAACUCAACACGCACGCUCGUCUUUCCUCUCAGGAGCGGAGCCUCAACGAACAAAUGGCGGGGUGAGGUGAGCGUGCAGAGCGGAGAUCUGCUCCGGCUGGAGAUCGACGGGACGGCUCUGUUGAAGCGGGCGGGAGCGGGUGUCGCCGGUGGCGCCCCGAGCGGGAAGAAGCGGGACUACACGCUCCAGGUGCACCAGAACCAGGUGGGCCAGGACUCCUGCGACCCGAGCCAGGGGGUGAAGCUGGACGUUGCCGUUGAACGACACGCCGACAAGCACUACGUCACUCUCCUGGACAAGGAUUUCAGCGACGGCAAAAACUAUCUCACAGUGACUUCAAAACUCUGGGGUUCGGAGUGCAUUCAUCUGCAGGUGACCAUGAAGUCAGAUAACUGUGGGGACGACCAAAGCUGCUCGGACAAAGGUCUUUGUUUCACCAAAGAUUCAAUGGAUAUGUACGAGUGUCAAUGUUGCGUGGGUUACAUUGGGCCGCGAUGCGAGGAGAGAGACGCUUGCUACCCCAGCCCUUGCCGCAAUAAUGGAAUAUGCGUGGAUAUAUCUCAAGGCCAUGAUGGCACCACCUUCCAGUGCCUCUGCCCAUACGGUUUCACGGGGAAAGUCUGUGAGGACACGUCAGACCCAUGCCAGUCCGGGCCGUGCCAGAACGGAGGCACCUGCUCGACCAGCAACGAAACUGCCGCUCAAUUCAAGUGUUCAUGUCCGCCCGGCUUCAAAGGCCCGCUCUGCCAGCACGGCUCCAAUCACUGCGCCUCCUCCCCGUGCGUUAAUGGAAUCUGCGUCGGUCAAAGGGACGGCUACAGAUGCUUCUGCCAACCAGGUUACACCGGUUUCCAGUGCCAACUGGAGAUUAACGAGUGCGAGUCCUCGCCUUGUCUCAACGGCGGCACCUGCACCGAUCACAUCGGCAGCUUCAGCUGUGCCUGCGGCCGCGGUUACACCGGCCAGACCUGCCGCACCAAGGUGAACCUCUGCGAUCCGAACCCCUGCUCACAACACCACUAUUGCAUUGAUAAAGGCAACAGCUACAGCUGUGAAUGUCCCAAAGGAUACAUCGGACCUCUUUGCUCAAUACCGAUGACUAAAACGGUGUGUAACACAAACCCUUGUAGAAACGGAGGAACAUGUUGGAGCAGUAUCGAUUCCUACUACUGUGCCUGCAAACCGGAGUACACGGGCAAAACUUGCACAGACAAGAUAGCGUCGGAGGAGACGGAAGGAGACAAGACUGCGAAGCUGCUGCACAAGAAGGAGUGGGUGUAUGAGAUGCCGUCCGGAGUCACUCACGUCGAGCAUUUGUACGUAGCAGCAGGAACUCUCGCCUGCGCCCUCCUUAUAGUUAUACUUACCGUCGCAACCUGCCACUGCCGAAUGCACGAAACCUAUAAACGAAUAAUCCGAGCGACACCUUUGUUUGGCUGCAGAGGGAAUAGGAAGGACGCUGACUUAAAAGCCAAAAGUGGAGCCGUGAAAAGUUCAGAUAAAGAACCACUUGCCACAAGGAGAGUAAUGGCCCCUGUUGAUUACACAGAUAUGUACUACGCGAUGGAUUUCAGUGAUAGUCAGAGUUCACCACUGAUUCAGUAAAUGAAUGUAAAAUUACAAGGAACAGAGGGUUCAAUGUCGUCCUUUAAGAGAGUCGUCUGAUACAAUAUCAAAGUGAAGAGGAACGAAGUUUGUAAUUAAAAUAAUUGACUGAUUGAGAUCAUCCUUCGAUCCUGAUUUAUUCGAUCAUUUGAAUGUUCGAGAACUAAGAGAAAACAUUGUGCAAGGUGCAUGCUCUGCUUAGCGCGCCUCCUGUACGCAAAUGACUAUCUGAUGUUUACAAUUUUUAACAAAUACUAGGGGGUGCGCUUUCUGACCGCCUCGCGGUCUAACCCCACGAAGCGUAUCAAGUUUUAGGCGGUACGCGUCGUCCUUAUGAUUAAAUAUUAUAGGGUGUGAUUCGUAACAAAUUCACUAGGUAUUAAUUAAAAUCGUAAAAUAAUUAAUUUUUUUGCGCAAAAUUCGGAAAAUCUGAUGCUGUUGGAAUCAUACUGUUCCAUCAGGAUUUUUCAAAUAUAAGGUGCAUUCUUAAACCACACUGUUUGUGAUCGUUUGAAAACGGACUUACCCGAUGCCGAAUAGCCAGCGUUGUUGAACUUCGUUUGAACUACCCGAUAAAAUUUGUGUUUGUUCUUGACCCUUUUUGGGAUGAUACCUUAAAAAUUUUUGUGGGUCGAAAAAUUCGUUUCCCUUGACCUAGGCUCAGUCACAAAAUUUCAGGUCUCCUCCUCACGUUUGCUCAGAAGUUACAGCAUGCCUGGGGUUGUUGAACCCCCCUCCUCCCCAUCACCUUGUUAAAGCAUACAUUUCGCCUUCAAUUAGAGAGGAUACCACGGGCGGUCACCUAGAGGCGCGAAUAGUGGUAUCAUUUUCAUCGAAACGUGAUGCCUCGCUCAGCGUUUCCAUCAAGCGCUCAAUAAUAACAAUCUUAGGAGGCCGAUUGGACCGUUGUGUUGCGUCUAGUACACAGAGUCAUCGAACAGUAUCGGAUAAGUUUGGUUUGACGACGCACUUUAAUGAUUUACGGGAGCCUCAUUAUUCCUAAGCUCGAAUAAUGUAUCGUCCCAUCCCUAAAUGACCGGAGAAAAAAUUGAGGUUGAAGAAUUAAGUCUUCAUGAUGUAAAAUUGUAGAGUAUGAUAUUUAUAAUUGAUUUCUGGUGAUUUAUUGUGAUAAAAUUCAUUAUCUAUGUAAGUGUGCUUCAUCUUAAAGUUUAACAUGGAGACCGACCUCUCCAACAUUUACAUUUCUGUGUGUCUGAUAGUAGUGGGCACUUAGACAGGAAAUGACUCUGAUCGAAUCAGAUCCUGUCACAGGAUCUGAUUCGAUCAGAGUUAUUUUUUUUAAUCAAAUGAGUACUUACCUGGAUGGUACUCAAAUAGAUUUAAACAUAUCUGGAAAAAACAGUGCCAAAAAUACUUUUAAAAUACUUCUGUGGUCAUAAUUUUUUUAUGGGAGUAUAAAAACGAACAAAAAUUCUGUUUGGAAUAAAACAUUUUCGACAUCCCAUGUGCCCUUUUUGGAAUGGUUUUCUGUCGAUGGUGAAUAAAAAAUUUCUAUUUUAAAGACAUGUUAUUUUGGUUGCCUCUGCAUAAUGAGGAAACUUCUUUAGUCCGUUCUACGAACAAAUCAAAAAGUAUGAUAUCAGACAAAAAUAACAUUCUUUUUAAUUAUAUCCAAACAGGUUGAGUGCGAAACAACCUACCGUUAAGUAGAUCUUCUUCAGCACGUAUUAGCAUAAAAUCUGCACUUGAUCUUCCCUGAGGAAUGCAAUUUCCGAAUACGGCAAGACGCAAAAUAUACUAGAAAACGAAACAUUUAAAGUGCUUGAAGAUCUUGAUGAUUUGAAAACACUGCAGGACCGAAAUUAUUUUUUUUUUUAUAAAAAUAUGAUUUUCGGCAACUGAUUUGUUUAAUAGACAUUACUAAUUCGUAAAAUACUCAAAAUCUGAUUUGAAAUGGCUUAGUAUCAAAUUUUUCUCAAUUAAUUAAGGAGUUUAAAGUGAAAUAAUCAUUAACUUAAACUAACAUUUGUCAAUUUUAUGAAUCAAUUUUUAAAUUUCUCCAGGAAAUUCGUUCAUUACUUUGUUUUGUUUUGUUUUUUUUUUUUGAUCAUCUCUUUUCAUAGGUAUUUGAGUCGGGUCAUUAUUUCGUCAAAAAUUAGCGGUAGUAAGAAUUAAAUACUAGGAGUCCCAUUUUGUAUUGAAAAUGCUGUAAAUAGUAAUUAGGUAGAUUUUCUUAAAAGAAAAGUUAUUUCAUAUUAACCAGGAAUAAUUCCUUUAUCACCCAACUAUAGUUUGGUGUCAUCAGUAUUCAUGGCCGUUAUUGUUAUUUGUAAAGUUCCAUUUUUUAUCAGGCAGCAAUCACCUUGUGAUAAUUACAUUAUUUGCACAAGUUUUCCUUAAAUUGUCAAGCUGAAUACCCCCCCCCCCCACUUUUCCCCUGAUCAAUUCAACCAUCUAUAAGAUAAGAUAUUCCCGGUGGAUAAUGUUGCUUCAGUACCUAACUAAAAAAACUUCAGUGUUUCUUUCUCCGUUCCAUUCAAUUUUAAUUUUUUCAAUGCUAGGUUUUAGUCGUGUCUUAUAAAUUCUACCGAAAUAUUCUUGGUCAAAAAUAAAUUUGAGCAAAUGACGCAAAUAUUUCAGUGAUAACUUUGGACGAUCAUCAUUUUGAGACCUCUGAGUGGAGCUAAAACUUGCGGUUUAUACCUAUAUUCAUUCUCAAUCAUGAAACUGUUGGGUCAAAUUAAGAGCUAUUUUAGAAAUCUUUACACGUCAGACCGCAGAUCCAUAAUUUGAAAGUACUUAUAAGUCUGAAUAGUAUAAUGCUACGGUCGGAUUUUUGGAAAUUUUGUGAGUCCAAGUGAAAAGUAAAAAUAACGUGCAAGCCGCAUUUGAUCCACAUCAAACCUCUCUUUUCCAUAAUCAGAGGGUUUUCAUGUUCACCUGAAAACAAAAGGGAAGAAAAAAACUUUUCUUCAGCGACAAAGAGUUCUACGCCUACGGUUCAUUAAAACUAUUGACACAAGUAAUAUAUAGUUAUAGGCAAACGCCAUGGUUUCUGGGAAUUUACAAAGAUGGUCGAGUUGCAUUGAAUCGAAGAUCGACUAGAUUAAAAACAGACAGGAGGUGAAUUUUUUUGUGUCAAAUUUUUGUCUUUCUUCAAUAAAAAGUGCGAUGGAAAGAGGCAUGAUUCACUUCAAUAAAAUUUGUUCAAAAAAGAGGCAGAUACCUGCCUUUAAUGCAUGCUCAAUGUUAAUACAAGUUCAAUUCAUUUUACUAAAUUACUAAGCAGUUUAGGAUUAAAGCCAACUUUAUUUUCAAAACUGUACUUAAAAUUUCUGUUAUUCUUCCCUAAGCCAACUCAAUAUCUGACAAAAAUAAGUCACAUAGGUAUAUGUAUAGAAAUUAAGUUCUGUUAUGUUUCCCUGUUUUUUGUUACAAUUUGUAUGUUCUCUCUUUAAAUUUAAAAAAUAAAAAAAAAAAGAUUUUUUUUUA